UACUCAAUGAAGCUCUCUGAAGUCCGUUUCAGUGGUGCGAAAGAAAGCUCUGUAAAAAUGGCGACGCUUCUUCCUUUCCUCGUCUUCACUUUCUUCGCCAUUUCUGCCGCCGAAUCAACCGCUUCGCUGCCUCAAGCUGCUCCUAAAUCCUUGACCAUCGCCUAUAUUCAGCAAGAGGGAGAUUGCAAUUACAGGGUUAAUAUAACAACAAGCUGCUCAUCCCCUUUCUACAAUAGUGCUGAAAUUGGAGUUCUGUUUGGGGACGCUCAUGGAAAUCAGAUCUACGAGCCAAAGCUGGAAGUUGAAAGCAAGAAUGCAUUUGGAAAAUGCAGCAAAGACAUUUUUGAAGUGGUAGGGCCAUGCGUGGACCAAAUAUGUUUUUUCUAUCUUUACAAAAAUGGCUCAGACGACUGGAUACCAGAGACUGUACAAAUCUCAGGCUCUGAUAUCAACACUGUUGAAUACAAAUACAACUCCUCAAUCCCACGUGAAACAUGGUAUGGCUUCGACGACUGCGAUUACUUUCCACCGCCGUCGCCGCCGCCGCCUCCUCCCCCACCGGCCCCCUCCGCGGCCGGCCCUCGUCUGCCGGCCACGUGGAGAUGGCUUGCUUAUGCAAUUCUGUGCUUCUCCGCAGCGCUGUGAUGUCCGCCGUGGUGUGGUGGGUUAGAUAUAUUUUUAUUUUUGAUCCACCGUAUUAGCAGUGGUUUUGAUUGGUCUAUCUAAAAAUAUUAAAUCAAAUCUGAUGUUAGAAUUGGAUUUGAUGGAGUUGUUAUGACACAGUUGAAUAACUGAUCACCAA